CUUAUGCUGCCCUGAAGCCCAUUUGAAAAUGCGAAACUAUGGCAUUGUUUGUCUGUGAACCGGCUGAAGCGCAAUGACCAUGGUCCUCAUCUUGGCCAUGGCCGUCAGUUUUGGCAUCGACUCCUGGAUUGAAGGCGGCGUCGUCACCUUUGUCAUCCUCCUCAACGUCGUCGUCGGCUUCUUCCAGGAGUUUUCCGCCGAGAAGACGAUGGAUUCGCUCCGCUCCCCGAGCUCUCCGACAGCCAGCGUCGUCCGCGACGGCAAAACAAUGGUCGUGCCGUCCAGCGAGAUCAUCCCCGGCGACCUGAUCGAGAUUAAGACAGGUGACACCAUCCCCGCAGACGUCAAGCUGAUUGAGGCCGUCAACUUCGAGACCGACGAGGCUCUGUUGACCGGCGAGUCCCUCCCCGUUCGGGAGAAUGCAGUCUUUGCAUCACGUUUCGGCUGGAACCGUCUGCGUCUCACCACGGGCGAGACGCCUGAAUGGAGCGAGAUCGCCGAGGUGCCCUUCGACUCAGAUGCCAAACGCAUGUCCGUCAUAAUGAAGCACAACCCGACCGGCGAGUAUCACGCCCACACGAAGGGCGCCGUCGAGCGGGUGAUCCAGAUCUGCAAAAAAUCCACCCCAGAGGACUCGGGAAAACUCGCCGACGUCACGCCCGAGUUCCACGAGGAGAUCCUCCGCAACAUGGAGGCCCUCGCCGGCCUCGGCCUGCGCGUGCUCGCGCUCGCGAGCAGACCCUUCGACAACAGCACGCCCACCAAGGGCGACAAAGUUGAGCGAGCCUCUGUUGAGCGCGACCUUUGUCACGAGGCUGGCAUCUCGGUGCAUGUGCUCACUGGCGACCACCCGGAAACUGCAAAGGCUAUUACUAUUGAGGUGGGCAUCCUACUAUCCCGCAUGGAUUGCGUUGUGCGCAACGUCGCCGACGCCAUGGUCAUGACGGCGUCCCAGUUUGAUGCCCUGACCGAUGACGAGGUCGACAGGCUGCCUGUUCUCCCACUUGUCAUCGCGCGAUGCAUCCCCAGCACUAAAACUGGCGACGAUUCAGGGUCCGAUGUUGCUAAGGACGCUUCGGAUAUCGUCCUGACCGACGACAAUUUCGCCUCCAUCGUCACCGACAUCAAGGAGGGUCAGCAAAUCUUCGACAACAUCCAAAACCUCACCUUCAAGGACGCGAGAGGGCUGUCCAUCUUCCCGCCCACGCCCGUCGAAAUCGUCUGGAUCAUCAUGGCGACCUCAGGCAUGCCUGACAUGGGCCUCAGCUUCAAGCAGGCGAUCCCCAACAUUAUGCGCCAACCACCCCAGUCACUGAAGACAGGCAUCUUCAACGCCAAGUUCCUGGUUGACAUGGUUGUCUACGGCCUGUGGAUUAUGGCCCUCUGCCUCUCUAGCUUCUCGCUUGUUGUCUACAGCUUCGGCGAUGAACGGCUUGGGGAGAACUGUAACGGGAGCCACAAUGAGACCUGCGACAUCGUGUUCCGCGCCCGCGCCACAACGUUCGCCUGCCUAACGUUGUUCGCGCUCUUUCUAGCGUGGGAGAUGCCCGGGUCCAAGAAGUACUUUACCCAGUGGAUGAUUGACGUCCGGCGGAACAAGUUCCUGUUCUGGGCCAUCAUCAUUGGGUUCGUCACCCUGUUCCCGCUGCUAUACAUCCCCAUCAUCAACACAUCAUCGCCGCGGCUCUCUUCUUCGACGAGCCGCAAGACAUUAGGCGUCGCGUGGAAAGACAUGGACAUAGAGCAGAGGGUGUUUGGAGAGUACCUUGGCGGCCCCUCCGACGAUGACCACCACACCGAGGUCGGCUACUAUGACCCUGACAUGGAGAAGAAGGAGGGAUCGGGGAAAUGA